AUGACCACUCAACUCUCAAAGCACGAAAUCCUCGUGCAAAACUUAUUCGCCACCUAUCGGAUUGACUGUGAUCCCCCUCCUACCUCCGGCUUGGUUCGCGAGCCACGGGACCAAAUGAUGGCGGGACUAGCAAUGGCGACACAGAAUACGCAGAACUUUACAUAUGUGGAGUUGGAUCCGCCACCGCCGCCACGACAUGAUGUAGACAAACCGAUUGUUAAGGAGUAUCCGAAACCACCCACACCUCCGCCGCUAAUGAUUGAGGAGAAGCCGAUCAUUAUAGGUCCCGAUCCGCCACCCCCGCCACCUAGGCCCAUUAUAAUCGAAAAACCAGUUUACAUUGACCCUCCGAAGUAUCCCCCACAGGAGCCGCAGAGGAUAAUUGUCGAAAAGAUGGACCCACUUGACCGUGGACCGCCGCCACGGCUUCCGAAAUCUAUUAUUAUUGAGAAAAUCGUGUACAUUGAUCCCCCUCCAUGGCCGAAACAGGAGCCGUAGCGCAUCGUUGUAGAAAAAAGGCGUGUUCCGCCAGCGCUCUCAGCCACCUUCCCCAAAGCCAGUGGUGAUUGAUAAACCUGUUUAUGUGGAUGCAAUUAUUUGACGUUAGAAAUUUACUAGUAUUAGUUUUAAAGUGUUAAAAUGUAGCCAUUACGUGUUUUGUACUUGAAAAUGGCAGCAAAUAGUCUGAUUGAUCAAACAUAAAAAACCUUUUCAUUUCAGUUAAAGCUUUAUGUACAAUUUAACUAUUAAACUCAAUAAUAGAUA